AUGAGAGGAGAGCCGGCCAAUCGCAACCCAAACCGGUAUUGUCACUUCCACCAGGAUAUCAGGCAUGAUACAAAGAGUUGUCAUAACUUGAAGGAUGAGAUCGAGGAGUUGAUCCACUGCGGAUACCUCAAACAAUUCAUCAAGUACAAGGACAAGGACCGUCGACCUAUUGUUCAUCAUAGAGAUGCACUGGAGUCGAGCAGGUGGAACAACAGAGAGCAGCCACCCCGAGAUCCACCAGCACAGGAGAAAUCAAUCAAUGGGGUGAUCAACAUGAUUACAAGUGGGUCAAUAGUAGCAGGUUGUAGCACGGCAACGGGCAAAAAUGUAGUCCAGGAAUUGGAGCACGAGGAUGAGAACCUGUCGAAGCGCCCUCGAGUGGAGGAAGUCAUAUACUUCACCGAGGACAAUGCUCGUAGGAUCCAGUAUUCGAACGAUGACGCCCUUGUGGUCAAAAUGGUGAUCAAUGACUUUGAGGUAAAGCAGAUUCUAGUAUAUUCAAGCAAUUCCUCAGACAUCUUAUUCCUGGAAGCAUUUGAGAAGAUGGAGCUGGACCAGAAGGACCUUCAGCUAGCAGACAUGCCCCAGGUCGGUUUCAACGGAGAUGUAGUGAAGCCCCUUGGCAGGAUCAAAUUGUCAGUGGUAGCAAGAGCAGAGCCCAACACUAUCCAAUUUAAGCACACCUUCCUCGUGGUCGCCACCCUAUCCCCCUACAACAUUAUCUUGGGUCAGCCCAUCUUGCAUGCACUUCAUACAGUGGUGACGACCUACUACCUCUCGAUGAAGUUUCUAAUGAGGUACGGAGUGGGGGUAGUACGGGGUGACCAGCUGGAAUUGUAA